AUGACAAUCCCUGCAUUCCAAGGUAAAAAUGAUCCUGAAUUAUAUUUAGAGUGGGAGAGAAAGGUUGAACAUGUGUUUGAAUGUCAUAAUUAUUCCGAGGAGAAGAGGGUUAAACUAGCCAUUGUUGAGUUCCAUGAUUAUGCUAGUAUUUGGUGGGAUCAAAUGGUGACUAGUAGACGUAGAAAUGGGGAGAGGCCUAUUGGUACAUGGGAUGAGAUGAAGGCUGUCAUGAGAAAAAGGUGUCAAGGAGUUGGACAUAUUGCUUCUCAAUGUCCAAACAAAAGAGCCAUGAUACUGCUGGAUAAUGGAGACAUAGAGAGUGUGAGCUCAAGUGAUGAUGACAUGCCACCAUUGGAGGAUUGUAGUGAUGUUGAGGUUGCUGAACCUGUUGUUGGAGAUGUGCUUGUUACUAGGCGUGCUCUCAACAUGCAACCUAAGGCGGGUGGUAAUGAGGAGCAACGUGAGCAUAUAUUUCAUACAAGAUGCCAUAUAAACGACAAGGAAUUUGGUGAUAUUUUUCCAGAAGAAAUUCCCAUGGAUUACCUCCUACAAGAGCAUACAAAGAUGAGUAGUGAAGGUAGUAAACAACCAGAUGUUGAUAUGAAGUUAUGGAUGAAAGCCAUUGCUGAUCAACUUACUAAGCUUGGUAAAAAUGAUCCUGAAUUAUAUUUAGAGUGGGAGAGAAAGGUUGAACAUGUGUUUGAAUGUCAUAAUUAUUCCGAGGAGAAGAGGGUUAAACUAGCCAUUGUUGAGUUCCAUGAUUAUGCUAGUAUUUGGUGGGAUCAAAUGGUGACUAGUAGACGUAGAAAUGGGGAGAGGCCUAUUGGUACAUGGGAUGAGAUGAAGGCUGUCAUGAGAAAAAGGUGUCAAGGAGUUGGACAUAUUGCUUCUCAAUGUCCAAACAAAAGAGCCAUGAUACUGCUGGAUAAUGGAGACAUAGAGAGUGUGAGCUCAAGUGAUGAUGACAUGCCACCAUUGGAGGAUUGUAGUGAUGUUGAGGUUGCUGAACCUGUUGUUGGAGAUGUGCUUGUUACUAGGCGUGCUCUCAACAUGCAACCUAAGGCGGGUGGUAAUGAGGAGCAACGUGAGCAUAUAUUUCAUACAAGAUGCCAUAUAAACGACAAGGAAUUUGGUGAUAUUUUUCCAGAAGAAAUUCCCCAUGGAUUACCUCCUACAAGAGUGUAUUUUGAUGAUAUUUUGAUUUAUAGCAAAACCUUAGAUGAACAUGUUAAUCAUUUGCAUGUUGUUCUUAAUGUUUUGAGAGAAAACAAAGUAUAUGCUAAUCUUAAAAAGUGUUCAUUUUGCCAUGAAUCUGUUGUGUUUUUGGGUUUUGUUGUAAGCUCGAAAGGAAUAAGUGUGGAUGAGGAGAAGGUAAGGGCAAUUAGAGAAUGGCCUACACCUAAGAAUGCAAAUGAG